AUGCCACAUCGAAAAAAGGCCGACAGGGACGCUGAAUCGUUACCGUCAUCCGUCAAGGAAGCAUCAGUGAUAAAGCGUCUUCUAAUUUCGGCUUCCGAUAUUCGUGUAUGGACAACAAAACCACCAAAACAGCAAGAAUCAACGUCAUCUAUAACGGAUACUCGAUUGCUGCAUCAUCAGCUAAAUGACUAUAAGGCUGAACAGAAUGCCAAACGAAGGUGGGUGAUAUUGGUUGAUCAGAUGACAAAACAGUUUUUGUUACGACGGUUGCCUGUUGCAGGCAAAGUUUUUCUUGCGUUGACAUUAAUUCCGCUUAGGCUAAAAUAA